AUACCUGUACUACGUACUGUACGUUUUGUACUACUCGUUCUCGUUCAGGUGCCAAAGGAUACGAUACGUACUACCGUACAGUAUUUUCAAUGGCGCACGAUUGCUUCGCUUCAUCAACAUCRAAAGGAUUUGCUCCGUUGGAAACCGCCUGAGAAACAAACAAAUAAUAUUACCAUCAUAAAUUACGAACAGCUGGAAUGAAACAACACCAUUCACAAGGAGAAAGAAAACAACAAAAACGAAACAUGAUGACAGAAACAAUACAAGAUAUGGUUGCAAAGUGUGCGCCAUGGGAAUCGAACGACGUCGAUUUCAUGGAUCAACAAGAAUAUCUGAUCUCAUUGCUUUCGACUCGGAGAGAGGACUCWAGCAAUMACAGUAACAAUAACAGUGAGGAAUUGUUGCAAAUCGUCGAUCAGUUUUUUGAGAGUCCAGAACACUCGCAGCAAUUASUAGAACUCUGGAWAACAUCCUUCGAUGUAGCYAUCGUUGAAAAUAGUGRUAGUGAUAGCGACACUGGCACUACYACCGCCAUCACAAAGUUGGGAUUGGUAGAUGCAGGUUCCARAAUAGAUGCAACAACGAUUGGCAGCGAAACGCAAUCGGUGUCGUUGRCAGAAGACCCACGCAACAUCAAAGACAAACAGAACCAAAAAACUACCCAGAGGCGCACGACYCGCAACAAGGAUCGGAGCAACCGGAAAAAGAAGUCCCGAUCCCCUCGUGGCAGAAAACCCGAAACAAACCGAACASACCACACCGGCGAGGGACGCGAUGGAAACGAAAACGAAAACGAAAGCCUCCGAGAGGCCGUGUCGAGGAUCCACGAUGCCUCGAACCUCGACCUAGACGAUACCGACGAUUUCGCGACCGCCUGGAGGGAUGCGCAGGAUGCCGGGCGUGUCUGGGGCGGCAGGGGUUACGGCGGCCGCGGGGUCAACCGGGGGCUCGGGACCUACAAGGGCAGGGACGCCGUGGUGGACGGCCUCACCCUCUUCUUCAGCGGGAGAGAGCUCCUCAGCAGAACCCACCUGGUGGUCGCCAACGGUCACCGGUACGGCCUCUGGGGAAAGAACGGGGUCGGAAAGUCCACCCUUCUGCGCAGGAUCGCCACCGGCAGGKUGCCCGGUUGGCCCAUGCACCUCAGCGUCAGGAUGGUCGGGCAGGAGGUCCUSGGUACGAGCAAGACGGUUCGGGAAUGCAUGCUCGGAGUCGAGAGCAUCAAACACGGGAACACCCGAAGAAWGAUGCUAGAGGAGGAACUGGCAAGCAUGGAAACCCAGCUGGCAACACUCGUCGACGAGAACGAUGCCGAGGCCCUCGAGAAGUUGUCCGAACAAAUGUCGGAACUCUACGAGGAGCUAGAAGAUAUCGAACGGACCGAAGUAAAGAAGGAGGAGAGGAAGAACGAGUYGAGUGGCGAGGGAGCUGCCUCGCGACGAAAGUUGUUCGCGGGGUUCGAGGAKUCCGCCGUAGCCAUCCUCAGGGGGCUYGGGUUCGAGGGCUCCAUGCUGGACACCCCYGUCGACCACCUMAGUGGGGGUUGGCGAAUGCGGGUUGCCCUCGCCGAAGCCCUCUAUUUCAAGCCGGAUGUUCUUCUCCUGGACGAGCCGACCAACCAUCUAGACGCCUCGGCCAUUGUGUUUCUCGAAGACCACAUCCUGGAGCACGAUGUCACGCUGGUCGUAGUAUCCCACGACGGGCACUUUCUAGAUGCCGUCUGCACGGACAUGAUCAAGUUCGAAAACC